GCGUGCGCAGGGGUGGCUGUGUUUCCCGCAUUGCGCAUGCGCAACAAGAAGGAGCAGACGUACAGCAUGGCGGCGUCUAUGCCGUGUUCUGCGCUUGCGCAGUACUACGAGAAACGUAAGGAAGCGGUGCCGCGGAAAGCGGGGUCGACAUGUGUGCCGCGCAUGCGCAGAGGGAAAAGGGGAAAAAAGUGGAUUUUGGGUGUUCCGGACUAAAAAAUUUUGGGGGUUUGACCCGAAUAAUCUCGUUCGGGAAGAGUUUAACCCCUCAGAAUCCAUCCGACACCCCAAAAAUUCCGGCUGAACUCGCCCAAAGGGCGUCUUAAGGCGCUAAAAUCGGGUCCCGGAACCCUUUAAAAUCUCUCUAUUUCUUUCAAAGUCGGGGACUGGACCCGUCUGGAAUCCACCAAAUCUGAAACAUUCAAGACCCCACAAACGGUGGAUCAUUCCUAAAUCUGAGGCUUUAAAGAAUAACUUGUGGGGGACUUUGGGGGUCUCAGAGCGCUUCGGACCCAAAUUUAGGUGAAUUUGGGGGAUUUCUGUGAGAUUCGGGAUAUUUAAAUCUUUAAUCGCAUUAAUAAAGAAUUGGCCAAUCACAGCUCGUCGCGCCUGUGGGGGCGGAGCUUUACGCCCACUCAGCCAAUCGCUUGCGCAAUAAGCCGCUGACAAAUCGCAGUUUAGCACAGCUGUUGAUUGGCAGGGCACUUUUAGUUCCUAACUAAUCCGAUUACAGGACUGGUUUAGAGGGGCGUGAUUUUAUUGCCCUUCAGCCAAUCACGACAUCCGAGGGGCGUUUCUCGCCGAUUUCCCCUCAGCGCGGGAGCCGCCAUGGAGCCGCUCCGGCCUUGGCUCGUCCCGUUCCUGCUGCCCGAGCACUGCUUCGACCGAUUCUUCCUCCACUUCGAGCUCCUCGACGUUCCGUGCUUGAAAAUCCUCCUGAGCAAAGUUCUGGGCUACGGGAGUGCGGGAUCCGUCCUGGUGAAGGUGCCCCAGCUGCUGAAGGUUUGGGCCCGCAGUGGCGGGGGGCUCAGCCUCCCCUCGGUGCUGCUGGAGCUGCUGGCCCUGGGGGGCUCCGUGGGCUACGGCUGCGCCAGGGGCUUCCCCUUCAGCGCCUGGGGGGAGUCGCUCUUCCUCCUCCUGCAGACCCUCACCCUCCUCUUCCUCAUCCUGCACUUCGGGGGCCGCACGGGCCGAGGGCUGGCGCUCGUGGCCGUUUUUGGGGCGUUGGGGAUUUUGGUGUCACCUCUGACCCCGCUGAGCUUCGUCACCGCCCUGCAGGCCCUGAACCUGCCCAUCAUCAUCCUCAGCAGGCUGAUCCAGAUCGUCACCAACGCCCGGCAGGGCCACACGGGGCAGCUCUCGGGGGUCUCCACGGGGCUCCUCUUUGGGGGGGCCCUGGCCCGGAUCUUCACCUCCCUCACGGAAACCGGGGACCUCCUCUUGGCCUCGACCUUCGCGGCCUCGGCCACCUGCAACGGGGUCCUGCUGGCCCAGGUGCUGCCUGGGGGCUCCCGGGACCCCCACCCCAAAAAGGAGUGACCCAGAAUCCCCAGCACCCCAAAAAACCCAAAAUCGCCCCAAAAAUCCCCUCAAAAAUUGAGGUUUUUUGGGGUUUAAAAAGGGGAUUUUUGGGUUAGGGAAUCCCAAAAUCUCACCUGGAAUCGCAGCAAGAUUUGAUGGGACCCCCAAAAUCUUCCUGAGACCCCCCCAAAAAUUCACCUGGGACCACAAAAUCAUUCGGGGAGCAUAAAAUCAACCCCAAAAACCCCCAAAUCACCCCAAAUUUGGGGUUUUUGGAUGAAAAGAGGGUUUUGGGGUGGUUCCUUUGCUCUGGGACCCUGAAAUCUCAGCUGGGAUGAUCCCAAAUUUUUAUGGGACCCCCAAAAAUCUCCCCAGGGUCCCCCAAACCCUCAGGGACUCCAAAAUUCCCUCCCGGGACCCCCCAAAAACCCCUCGGACCAAGGAGGGGAGGGGCGUGGGAAAUGGGCGUGGCCAGAGCGUCCCUCCCUCCCUCCUCCCUCCCAAAUAAAUUUGGGGUCCCCCCAUUCCAGGGGGGUCUCCCCUCCCCUUUU